AUGGACUCGCUACACCUGCCACAGCAAAUGGACCCUCAAGACAAAAGCAAGGAGGACCAAAACGAGCAACAUGGACAUAAAAGCAAAGUCAAAGCCAGCCCUGCACAUUCCACUGUGGCUUUGAUUGAGGAGACGGAGGACAUGGACCCAUGGGACCUGCCAGAACUGAAGGACACAGGGGUCCCGUGGUCAGCUUUGGAUACCAAAGGGAAGCUGCUGAGAGUGUUUGUGUCAGUGGGGAAGAUCGUUCUGCUGCUGGGUUUCCUUUACAUGUUCAUCUGUUCCCUCGACAUCCUCAGCUCAGCUUUCCAGCUUGUUGGAGGUAAAACAGCAGGCGACAUCUUUCAAGACAACACAGUUCUGUCUAACCCCUUGGCUGGUCUGGUUAUUGGAGUUCUGGUCACUCUGUUGGUCCAGAGCUCCUCCACGUCCUCCUCAAUAGUUGUCAGCAUGGUCUCCUCUGGACUGCUGACCGUCCAGGUGGCCGUUCCUAUCAUCAUGGGCACCAACAUUGGCACCUCCGUCACCAACACAUUAGUUGCCACGACGCAGGCUGGUGACCGCAGCACAUUUCGCAGGGCUUUUGCAGGAGCCACAGUACACGAUUUCUUUAACUGGCUCUCUGUGCUGGUGCUGUUGCCUCUGGAGGUCGCCACUGGUUAUCUGUACGAGGUCACCAAGCUCAUCAUCGACUCCUUCAAAAUCCAGAGUGGAGAGGCCCCAGAGCUGUUAAAUGUGAUCACUGACCCCCUCACUGAAUCCAUCAUACAGCUGGAUGAGUCGGUCAUUAGCGGGAUUGCCACCGGAGACCCAGAAGCCAGAAAUAAGAGCCUUAUCAAGACAUGGUGCCGAACCUUCACCAACACAACCUUAAUGAAUGUGACGGUUCCUGGCCCAGAGAACUGCACCUCUCCAACUGUCUGCUGGCAUGACGGCAACAACACCUUCACACUGAAGAACAUUUCUAUGACAUACAAUGUGCAGAAAUGUACCCACCUCUUUGUGGACGUGAAUCUGUCCGACCUGGCGGUGGGUCUGAUCCUGCUGGCGAUCUCUCUGCUGGUGCUCUGCUCCUGCCUUGUCCUCAUCGUCAAGCUGCUCAACUCCAUGCUGAAGGGACAGGUGGCUACAGUCAUCAAGAAGAUCCUUAACACAGAUUUCCCGUUUCCAUUCGGCUGGGUCACGGGUUACAUUGCCAUUUUAGUGGGAGCAGCGAUGACCUUCAUUGUGCAGAGCAGUUCGGUGUUUACUUCUGCAAUUACUCCACUCGUUGGUAUCGGUGUCAUCAGCAUAGAGAGAGCGUACCCAUUGUCCCUGGGUUCAAAUAUUGGCACCACCACCACAGCCAUUCUUGCAGCCAUGGCUAGUCCUGGAGACACACUGGCAAACGCUCUACAGAUUGCCCUUGUGCACUUCUUGUUCAACAUCACUGGCAUCAUGCUCUGGUAUCCAAUCCCCUUCACUCGCAUCCCCAUCCGGCUGGCUAAAGGUCUGGGCAGCAUCACUGCCAAAUACCGCUGGUUCGCUGCUGUCUACAUCAUCUGCUGCUUCUUCAUUUUGCCGCUCUUCGUAUUCAGCCUGUCGCUGGCCGGUUGGCAGGUGCUGGUGGGCGUUGGUGUACCUGUAGUCGUCCUGCUGAUCGCCAUCAUGGUGAUCAACACACUGCAGGAACGGAAACCUAGUUGCCUGCCUGCAGCACUGCGAUCCUGGGACUUCCUCCCUCUCUGGGCCCACUCCCUGGCUCCCUGGGACAAAGUGGUUGGUGUGAUUACUGCCAAAUGCUGCUGCUGCUGCAAAUGCUGCCAAGUGGCAUCUGACAACCAAGAACACAGAGUACAAGAAUCUGUGGAAAAGAACAAGAAAGCACAUACAGCGGUGUAUGACAACCCAGCAAUGAGCCCUGAGAAAGAAGUAGAAGAUGAGAUAAAGAUAGAGCUGAAGAUUCUGAAAAUGACCCAGCUUUGA